UAGGAAAAAACAACUCCACAAUCUCACGAGACAGUAUGAGAUUUACCGAUUAUUGUUUACAUUGUUAUAAAAAAAGAGAGAAAACCGAUCUGAAUCGAUUGGGAUUAGAUGACUAGCCACUAAAUAGACUGAAUUGAUCGGAAGAGGGUCAUUUCCGCGCGAGGCUGCUGACGAGAGAUGAGCUGAAGCCUGCUUGCUGAUUGAAUCCUCUUCACAUCGGCCGAACUCUGAUAACCAAUGAGACAAGUUAGCUAGCAACUAGCUAGCUAGCAAGCUAUCGAUCCGGACUGAUCCCAAGAAGAAAAAAAGCAGUUGUUAUAUAAGUUGCCAUUCGUGUUUUAUAUUGCUUAUUCCAGAUGAAAGUUUUUAGGUGAAAGGUGUUGUUUGAUCCACUGUGAGCCAAGGAGAUCGGCGGGGGCCCUCAAAGAACAGAAGCGACUAAACCCGGGGUUACCCGUGCAGGGGCAGCGGCAAGGCGGGUUUGGGAAACCCCGAGGAUCUCAAGGCCUCCACGCGAAUCCCCGUCAGUACCCAAGAAACAGGGCUGCCCCCUGUGCGCUCUGACUUUGAACUCACAAUAGGUGGAAGGCGGUGAUUUCAGACAAGGCCUUUGGUGGAAGUGUUGGGGUAGUUUGGAAGGUGGUGUACGAGAAAGUGGUAGAGACCCGGAGGGACCCAGAUCCAGAGGCCCGUGAAAAACGACACCGCUGCAGAUAUGAUGGAAGAACUGCACAGCCUGGACCCGCGGCGGCAGGAGCUGCUGGAGGCGCGUUUUACUGGCGUCGGGGUGGCUAAGGGUUCAGGGCACAAUGAGUCAUCCAACCAGAGUCUGUGCAGUGUGGGUUCUCUCAGUGAUAAGGAGCUUGAGACACCAGAGAAGAAACCUAACGACCAGAGAACAAGGAAGAGGAAAGGAGAACCUUACGACGGCAGCCAAGGGAAAGGAGGAGCGAGGGGACAUAAAAUUAGCGAUUAUUUUGAGUUUGCGGGUGGUAGCGGUCCUGGCACCAGUCCGGGUCGGAGUGUCCCACCGGUGGUCCGCUCCUCCCCUCAACAUUCCCUCUCUAACCCCCCAGCCUCGGUGCAGCAGGGCAGUCCCUCAUCCAUGGGCUCCGCCAAUACAGACCACUCCACCAGCUCGCUGAAGCCCAUCUCGCUCCAUGGAGUUCACAAGGCCACGCAGUCUGACCUCACGAUAGAGAAGCUCACGGCGCUGGAGAAUAACAAGAACUCAGACCUAGAGAAAAAGGAGGGACGCAUAGAUGACUUGUUACGGGCGAACUGUGACUUGCGGCGGCAGAUUGACGAGCAGCAGAGAAUGCUGGAGAGGUACAAGGAGAGGCUGAACAAGUGUGUGACCAUGAGCAAGAAGCUGCUGAUCGAGAAGUCGAAGCAGGAGAAGAUGGCCUGCCGGGACAAGAGCAUGCAGGACCGGCUGCGUCUGGGCCACUUCACCACGGUGCGGCAUGGGGCCUCCUUCACGGAGCAGUGGACUGAUGGAUAUGCCUUCCAGAACCUCAUCAAGCAGCAGGAGAGGAUCAACUCUCAGCGUGAGGACAUCGAGAGGCAGAGGAAGCUGCUGGCCAAGAGGAAGCCGCCUGCCAUGGGCCAGACCCCGCCCCCCAGCUUGGAGCAGAACAAGCGCAAGAGCAAGACCAACGGCGCCGAGAGCGAAACGUUGACGCUCGCAGAGUAUCACGAGCAGGAGGAGAUUUUUAAACUGAGGCUGGGACAUCUAAAGAAGGAGGAGGCGGAGAUCCAGGCGGAGCUGGAACGGUUAGAGCGUGUGCGGAACCUUCACAUCCGGGAGCUGAAGAGGAUACACAACGAGGACAACUCGCAGUUCAAAGACCACCCCACGCUGAAUGACCGGUAUCUACUCUUACACUUACUGGGCAGGGGGGGCUUCAGUGAAGUCUACAAGGCCUUUGACUUGACGGAGCAGAGAUAUGUGGCUGUUAAAAUCCACCAGCUAAACAAGAACUGGAGGGAUGAGAAGAAGGAAAACUAUCACAAACACGCCUGCAGGGAGUACAGAAUCCACAAGGAGCUGGAUCAUCCCCGAAUAGUGAAACUCUACGACUACUUCUCACUAGACACUGACUCAUUCUGCACAGUUCUGGAGUACUGCGAGGGGAACGACCUGGACUUCUACUUGAAGCAGCACAAGCUGAUGUCGGAAAAGGAGGGCCGCUCCAUCAUCAUGCAGAUUGUCAACGCGCUCAAGUACCUCAACGAGAUCCGACCGCCCAUCAUCCACUAUGACCUCAAGCCCGGCAACAUCCUGUUGGUGAAUGGCACAGCCUGCGGCGAGAUCAAGAUCACGGACUUCGGCCUGUCCAAGAUCAUGGACGACGACAGCUACAACUCGGUGGACGGGAUGGAGCUGACGUCACAGGGAGCAGGGACCUACUGGUACCUUCCGCCCGAGUGCUUUGUGGUAGGGAAGGAGCCGCCAAAAAUCUCCAACAAGGUGGACGUAUGGUCGGUGGGGGUCAUCUUCUACCAGAGUCUGUACGGGCGCAAGCCGUUUGGACAUAACCAGUCCCAGCAGGACAUCCUGCAGGAGAACACCAUCCUGAAGGCCACGGAGGUGCAGUUCCCACCCAAGCCUGUGGUGUCGCCUGAAGCCAAGGCCUUCAUCCGCCGCUGCCUGGCCUACCGGAAGGAGGACCGUAUCGACGUGCACCAGCUGGCCAGUGACCCUUUUCUCAUGCCCCACAUCCGGAAGUCCGUGUCCACCACCGGGACCCCAGGAGCAGCCAUGCCCUCCACCUCCAGCUCCUUCAACAGCAGCGCCUCAAACUGAACCUCCAUCCUAAUUCUCAUUGCUCCAAAGGGAGGGGCCACUUCACCUGCCUCGCCCCAUCCCCCCCACCGCUUGAAACAAUGCAGAGGGGAACGUGGGGCCCGGGUGCAGAGAAGGGGAGGUCCAGAGCACAACCAGAAGGCCACGUGCUCUCCCAGCCGGGACCUUCCAAACUCACGAAAACUGGCUACCCCUCCCCCUCCAUGCCACCCCACCCCACCCGUCCCUCCUCUCCACCCCACCUAUAGGUGUGCCUUUGUGUGGGGUCCAAUCCUAGAUGGCAAGGAGGGUGGGUCCAGGCAACCUGAGUGACCACAUGCACUUCCGACGAGAAGGGAGGGCUUUUUUUUUUUUUCGUUUUUGUCAGUUAUUUUUCUUGGCCAAAUCGAAAAAAAGGCUGACGGGAACAGAACCUGCUUGGACUAGCUGACGUGUUGAAGGCCCCACCCCACACCCCUCCC